AUGUCGUCCCGGUCGCCCCGUACCUGGCGCGUGGUGGGUGGCGGCGACAAGGGCGGCAUCGUGGUGCGCUGCGGAGAGGACGUGCAGUCGGAGCUCCAAAAGGAGCGGCUGGGCUUUGGAGCAGUGGUGGUUGAGGUUGAGUUGAAGCAAGGCGAAUCCAGCGGUCGCUUGCGAUUUCAGAAACUCUGUGGAUCUGGGCCCGACAGCGGCUGGGUGAGCUUGAAAUUAACCAAUGGAAAGGACUUGCUUCAGCUCCAGCCAUGGCCCGUUCUUCGCGUCGUGGGCGGCGCCGAGAGCGGCCUUGUGGUGCGCGAAGGGACGGCGCUGACGUCGCAGGUGCUGGGGCGCCUGGCGUAUGGCGCGCUGGUGGAAGAACGGGAACGGGUGAAGGAACGCAUCAGUGGAUACGAACUCCUACAGGGGGAUGGACCACAAGGUGGUUGGGUGAGUCUCUUCCUCCAGCAGAAGCCCCUGCUGUCGCCCGCCGUUCCCGUCGCCGACGCCGUGGCGCGCUUCGUGGCGUCGCUGCGGGCGCUGAGCGACGCCCAAGUCGCGGAGGCCACGGCGGCGCUGGCGGAGUUUGGGGACGAGGAACGGCAGCGGGCGCUCGGCGAGAUUGACAAACUCCUGGAUGAAGCGGACUGUCGGUUGAAGCGAAAGGCCUUGCGGUUGGCCUCAACGGGUCCAAAAACCGCCGCCUUUGUCGAAGCGCUGCGCAAGGCGCUGCUGGACGACGACGCCACGGUGCGCGCCGAGGCGGCCGCGGCCGCGGGCUCCGCUGGAGUGGAGGAGGAGCUGCUGGAGAGAGCGGAAACGGAUCCCGAUUGGCGCGUCCGCCUUUUCUCCGCCCGCGCCCUCUCCGCGUCGUCGAACGUCUCCGCGCGGCUGGCGGCCUUGGCCGAGGCCGAGGGCCACGGCGACGUGCGCCGCGUGCUGCUCGGGGCGCCGCCGGGCGAUGUGGCCCUUGGGGAUGCGCCGACGACGACGGAUGGGCCGCUGAGAGUGGUGGCCUUGCACGGGGCGGCGUCCAAUUCAGCCAUCAUGAAGUUUCAGGUCCGUUUGCUGAAGAAAACCCUGGAGUCCCGUUGCGACAGCGAGUGGUUCUUCCUGGACUCCCCCGUGGAAUGGUCCCCGGUGCCGGGGGCCACCGAUCCCAUCUUCGGCGACGUCACGGACUUUGAGAAGGCCUUGGCCAAGGGCCAAGCGCUGAGGACGUGGUAUUCCCAUGGCAAUGCAUGCUAUCAUGGAGUGGAUGAAGGGGUGGAAAAUCUGCUACAGCUGCUGAAGCAGCGCCCCAUCGACGUGGUGAUCAGCUUCUCACAGGCCUCCAACUUGCUGUCGCUGGCACUGGAUGCCCUGAGACGAAAAGGCCUCCCGGCUCCUUGGGGACUCUCCGUGAUGUUCAGCGGGGGCCACAUCGACGAUCCCAUCUUCCAGUGGCCGGUGGAGUGGACGUCGCGGCAGCCCACGCUGCGGGUCUUCAAUGCCGCGGAGGAUGCCUUUUUCCAUCAAGGGGAAGGAUCUCUCCGCGAGAUGUACCCGGAGAUCCUGGAAUUUCCCCACCGCGAUGGGCACAUGUUUCCGCACAGCGAGCCGCGGGCGUCGGAGAUCUACGCGCAGAUCGCGGAGGAAAUCUGCCAAAGAUGCGGAAAAAAUGGGAGUUCUGGAGGUGAUUUUUGGAGGAUUUUCUGGUGA